UUUCUCCGUAGCUCCUGGAUUUUUAUUUUUACCAGCCUAAAUCUACAGUCCGCUAUAAUUCACAGUUUACAUUUUUAUUCAUGGUCCUUUCUCGAUCAGUAAAUAUCCGCGAGUUAAUUGUAGGAGUGGUGUGCAGUAUACAAAUUCAAAUCCACGUCGCGUGCCUAUGAACGACGGCGCGGGAAGACGCCAUCACAGCCACCGGAGUGACGGCAGUGUUCAACAAUCAAUAUUGUUGAUCAAUUUGCGGAAGGAGCGAGCAAGGGCAGCUUACAGGCAAGCUUGUUGCCAUACAACAGGCAAGCAGGAAGUUUUUUCCAUACCUACAUUGCAAAUUUUACUUUGUAUUUGCCACAAUUUUAUUUGGCGGCAAUUCCACGUUCAAUUCAUAUCCUGUGCGACGACACGUUCGCCUCAUUGAUUGGUGCGAUCAAGUUGCCAACUUUCGACACGACAAGCAAUUGGCGCUGUUGUACCGGCGUGCACGCGUGUCAUUGGUCCGAUGCGCCGUGCCAAACACGACGAGUCUACGACAACAGUGAACAACGCCCGCCAUUUUGUGUCAUCAAGCAAGUCAAAGCUUUGAUAUUGUGUUUACAUUUCGAAAAUAAAUAAAAUUAGUUCCGCUUUUGUGAUUUAGAUCAGUGCAAAUUUACUACUUACGUGCAAAAAAGUGUUUUCACCGUCUCAACCUCGUCUCAACUAAAAAACAACCAUGCCAAAAGAUAACUUCGAGCCCGCGGUUGCCGAGACCUAUGACUUGGCUACUCUUCGACGUAAACGCGCGGCUGUUAAGGGUGUGAUCACUAAAAUGCAUAACGCCCUAACUGAUCCAAGUACUUCUGAAUUAUUGGAUGAACAUGCCUUGCGCGUCAGGGAGGAACGCCUGCGAGCUUCAUUUUCUAAGUGGGAGGAUUUAUGCCUUGAGAUUAUUGCGAGGGACCCCGAUGACCCUGAGGAUGAAGUUGAAAAGAAGCGAGCUUUAGCGCUUGAAAAUGUGGAACGAGAUAAAGUGUCAUCGGCUCCAAAAGCUGUCCACAUAGCUACUGUGAAGAAGUUACAGCCUGCCAGCACUGAAAAGAAGAGCUGUUUACUUUGUGUUGCUGCCGCCUGAGUCACAAUACAACCAUGCAGGGCAUGCGGCUUCAUCUCCAUUACUUAAUACAAAAUUUGGUCAUGUAGUUGCAGGUAGCAUACACUUAGACAAUAUUAAUUUAAGACACACACAAGCGGUUAAUUCCUUAUUUUGUAAAGCAUGUACUUCUAGUUUAAAUCAAACACUAUCGGAAUUUUGGCAAUGUGAAAAGGUUCCUGAAACAUUUACAGAAACACAUUCUGAACAUGAAUUGUGUGAAAAAAUAUUUUUAGAAAAUAUUCAGCUUGACAGACAAAACAAAAAAUUGCAAGUUGUUUUGCCUUUAAAACAGCCUUUAGAUUCUAUUAAUCAAUCUUUAGGAGAUUCAUUACAUUUGGCUUUGAAAAGAUUUUAUAAUUUAGAAGUUAGACUUGGUAAAGACCCUAGUCUUUAUAAACUAUAUUCAGAUUUUAUUAAUGAAUAUUUAAAACAAGGUCAUGGUACGGUCAUUGAUAUCAGUCAAUACAAUUUAACAACUGAUCCAGUGUACUUCUUACCGCACCAUCCUGUUAUUAAUUUACAAAAGAAAACGACAAAAUGUCGAGUUGUUAUGGAUGGUUCUAUGAAAACCAGUAAUAAGACUUCUUUAAACAAUUUAUUGCUUAAUGGACCUGUAGUACAAAAGGAACUUGUUGAUGUUUUGUUACUAUUCAGAAUAGAUUUUUAUUUCUUCAUAACAGACAUAAAGAACAUGUUUCGCAACAUAUUGUUACAUCCAAAAUACAGGUCUUUGCAAAAUAUUCUAUGGAGAGAUAAUCCCAAUGAUAGUGUUCAAUGCAUUCAACUAAACACUGUCACAUAUGGGUUGAAAAGUUCAUCUUACUUAGCAACUAGGUGUUUAAAAUGGUUAGCUGAGCUAUACAGGGAUGACUUCCCAUUGGCUGCAUUCAUAAUUAAUAAUUGCACAUAUGUCGAUGACAUUCUAUUUUCUAAUUGUUCCUCGGAUAACUUGAUAGAGGCCCGAGAGCAACUAUGUAAAUUGUUGAGUCUAGGUAGUUUUCAGUUACAUAAGUGGGUGUCUAACUCAAAAGAAUUAUUACAGGACAUCCCACAAGAUAGACAACAUUUUGAUGAGAUAGAUUUACAAGCAAACAACCAUUCAUUAAAGACUUUAGGCAUGUGUUACAAUACUCAGUCAGAUUCUUUUAUAGUGUCAAGUCCUAAAGCUACAGGUAAUAUGCCCCAGUCUAAACGUGAGAUUCUUAGUUUUAUUAGCCAGUUUUUUGAUCCCUUAGGCCUUGCUGGGCCCAUUGUGGUAGGUGCUAAAGUGAUUAUGCAACGUCUGUGGAAGGCUAAAUUAGACUGGGAUUCGUUACCUGAUAAGGAGUUGCUACAAGCAUGGCAUGAGUUUUACACUAGCUUAAUUUCUAUGAAACCAUUAAUCAUAGAGCGUUACAUAAGUUUGCAUAAUAUUAGCUUUGCCGAAAUUAUUGGGUUUGCCGAUGCUUCCAGCACCACUGCUUAUGGCUGUUGUGUAUAUUUAAGAUGUGUUGAUGAGGCAGCUAAUGUUAAGAUUUCCUUGUUAUGCUCGAAAUCUCGUAUAAAUCCUACUUCACAAAGUUUAUCUGUACCAAGACUGGAGCUUAACGCUGCCUUGCUGCUAGCUAAGUUAGUGAGCAGAAUCCAUGAAACAAUAUCAGUAAAAAUAAAAAUACAAAAUGUGUUCCUUUAUUCAGAUUCACAAAUUGUUUUAGCUUGGCUUAAAACUAACAUAAAUACAUUAAAAGCGUAUGUAGCAAAUCGUGUUAAAGCUAUUAUGCAACUUACACAAACACACACUUGGUCAUAUGUUAGCUCGCAGGAGAAUCCAGCUGAUUGUCUUAGCAGAGGUGUGACACCUCACGAGUUAGCUGAUCAUCCCCUCUGGUGGAGGGGACCAAAAUUUUUACAUUCAAGUGAGUAUAAACCAAAUUUUAAUUUUUCAAUACCACAAGAAUUACCUGAGGUCAAGGACUCUUCCGCAUGCUUGAGCGCUAUGGUUUGUGUUUCUACUUCUAUUGUUUCUAAAACAUUAUGUCUGGAUUUUCUAGAUAAAUUUUCGGAUAUUAAUAAGAUGCAAAGAGUGAUAGCUUAUGUCCUACGCUUCUGUCAAAAUGCAAGGUCCAAAGGUAUUAAAAAUAAGCUUAAUUAUGUAACCAGUCAGGAACUUAAUAAUUCUUUGUUAAUUAUUUUAAUGUAUGAACAACAAAAGUUUCUGAAGGAUGAUAUCCAUGCUUUAAGGUGUGGUAAGGCCAUUGUUAAAGGCAAUUUAAAAUCUCUUUGUCCUUUUAUUGAUGACAGUGGUUUGCUGCGGGUUGGAGGGCGCUUGCAUAAUGCUGAUAUACCAUAUUCGCAGAAGCAUCCAAUUAUUUUGCCGCGAGAUUCGCGCGUCACUAAUCUAAUAAUUCAUAGCGAGCACUUGAGGAACCUCCAUGCAGGCCCUAAGUUGACUCUGUCAUCACUAAGGCAAAGAUUCUGGAUAAUACAUGGUCUUAGAGAAGUUAAGAAAGUUUUGUACAGGUGUACCAUUUGUUUUAGAUUAAAAGCAGAAGCUUCUAAGCAAUUAAUGGGCUCUUUGCCGCCUGAUAGGGUGAAAGCAUGUCGCGCCUUUCAAAAAGUCGGUUUAGAUUAUACUGGUGCAAUAUCAUUGAAAAUUGCUAGAGUAAGAAAGCCAAUAAUCACAAAGGGUUAUGUUUGCGUGUUUGUAUGCUUUGUAACCAAAGCAAUGCACUUAGAGCUUGCUUCAGACUUAAAAACAGAGACUUUCAUUGCAUGUUUAAACAGGUUUAUUGCCAGAAGAGGGCUGCCUACUGCCAUAUACAGCGACAAUGCUUCAACCUUCAGGUGUGCAGGGAAGCAGUUAGAGGAUAUGUACAAAUUACAUAAUUCUACAGAACAUCAAAGAUUAGUUUCUCAAUUUGCAGCUCAAAAGAGAAUUGAAUUUCAUUACUUACCUUGUUAUUCCCCAACGUUUGCCGGUUUAGCCGAAAGCGGUGUGAAUAGUUGUAAGAAUUUGUUAAAAAGAGUGUUAUUAAAGUCAAUUUUAACCUAUGAAGAAUUGUAUACAGUUUUAUGCCAAAUUGAGGCUAUCUUAAAUAGUAGGUCUCUAAUGCCACUAUCUAAUGAUGUAACUGACUUUUCCUGCAUUACUCCAGGGCAUUUUUUGAUAGGUACAGCUUUAAAUACAUACCCAGAUUCAAAUGUUACUAUGA